AUAUACAGGCCUCCAUAACACACUGAUGCUCAGGGUUGCUGGGUUUGAUGCUCUGUGGAUCAUAAAACUCAAAAUUUUCCUCUCUUCGUACCUGAUUGGAACCAAACAUGACUUUCUACAGGCAUUCAGGUCCCAGGAGUUACCUCACCUCCACCAUGACUGAUCGCUUCGACUGCUACUACUGUCGCGACAACCUGCACGGUAAGAAGUACGUGAAGAAGGACGAGAAGCACGUUUGCACCAAGUGCUUCGACAAACUCUGCGCCAACACCUGUGCAGAGUGCCGACGCCCAAUCGGAGCCGACUCAAAGGAGCUCCACCAUAAGAACCGCUACUGGCAUGAGGAUUGUUUCCGAUGCGCUAAAUGCUACAAGCCGCUGGCUAACGAGCCGUUUAGCGCCCGAGACGAUGGCAAGAUCAUGUGUGGGAAAUGCGGCUCCAGGGAGGACGGCAACCGCUGCCAGGGCUGCUACAAGGUGGUGAUGCCAGGGUCGCAGAACGUGGAGUAUAAGAACAAGGUGUGGCAUGACGAAUGCUUCACCUGCUUCGAGUGCAAGCAGCCAAUCCGCACGCAGAGCUUCCUGGCCAGAGGUGAUGACAUCUACUGCGCUCCGUGCCACGAGAAGAAGUUCUCCAAGAAAUGCUUCAAGUGCAAGCAGCCCAUCACCUCUGGAGGGAUCAGCUACCAGGACCAGCCCUGGCACUCGGAGUGCUUUGUGUGCGAGACGUGCCGUAAACCUCUGGCAGGAACGCGCUUCACCUCCCAUGAGGAUCACGUUUACUGUGUGGACUGCUACAAGACCGACGUGGCCAAGAAGUGCAACGGCUGCAAGAACCCAAUCACAGGGUUCGGCCAUGGCACCAACGUGGUGAACUACGAGGGACUCUCCUGGCACGAGUAUUGCUUCACCUGCAAGAAAUGCUCCCUGUCCCUCGCCAACAAGCGCUUCGUUAUCAACGCAGAGCAAAUUUACUGCCCCGACUGCGCCAAGAAGCUGUAAACAGAAGACUUUUGAUUCAUGAGGAAACCGAUUUGUAUGGAAGACAAUUAGGGCCACUGAAAAAAAUUUCUUUUUUCUCAUAAUUCUGGGUCAAACUCUAAAUAUUCAAACAUUCUUAAGUGUAUGUCAACUAUGUUAGCAUAUAAAAAUAUUAUCAGAUUUAUAAAUCUGCACUUUAUCCACACUGAAAGACUGUCUCAAAUUUAUUUGAUAGAUUUUAAUUUUAAGACUAGAAUUGCAAAGACAAUUUGAAAAUCUCAAACUAAUUUUAAACUUUUAGAGUGCAAGAAAUUUCCCAGUUUUUUUUCUAAAACAUUUCUGAGAUUCUGAAAGUCAGAAUUUCUGAGGGAAUUUUCUUUAAAAGUCAGAAUAAUUUUUUUUUGUGGCUCUAAUCUUCUUCUGCAGCUUUGAGUUUAGUUUGUGACUCAAACUGAAUUAUUUCAGAAUUAGGAUGCAUGCAGUUUUUUUUUUUUUGGUUCUUUGGUGAAUCAAGUUGAGAAUCAAGGUUUUUGCAAUCUGCUUUUGCACUAAAGUUUCCAAUCUUCAGCAAUGCAACAUGUCUCUGUUUCUGGAGUUCGUCUCCAAUAUGGCAGCAGAAUUUACAAAGUGGGAUUAUAAUCUGAUGUUUUUAGGGAUUCUCUGUUGCCUUGUGUUUCUAACGUAACUUUAGUGCCUUAGUGCUUUAAUCCAUUUUCUGGAUUAAAUGCUUUUAUUCUGCCAGUUGCUGCUCAAGCAUAACAGCUUUGAUUAAUAAUUGUGUUACAUGUUAGACAUAUAAAAUAUGCCAUGGCUUUGUAAUCCAUGCUGAAUAAUCUGACGAGGUAUUAGGGCUAUUGUGGAUUAAAAAAAGGUGCAUUUCUACCAAAACUUAGAAAUUUUCAGAUUAAUCUCAAAAUUGAGAUUUCUAAAACGUAUGAAUUUUCUAGAAAAAAAAAACUUUGAAAUUUCUGAGUUUCAAAAGUAAAAAAAAGACUUUAGAAACUGAAAAUUUCCAAAAGUCAAAAAAUGUUUGCCUUUUGAAACUUGGACAUUUCCAAGUGUUUUCCUAGAAAAUGUCAGUCUCAAAAUUUGACUCUUUUCUAGCAAUUUUUCAAGCAAAGAAAUUUCCAAGUUUUUUUCUAGAAAAUUUCUGAUUAAUCUAAAAAUUGCUGAGUUUUUUUCUAGCAAAUUUUUGACUUUUGGAGCUCAAGAAAUUUCUGGGUUUUUUUCUAGAAAAUUUCUGAGAUUAAUAAAAAAAUUUUUUGAAGGUUUUUGGCAAAAAUGUACUCUUUUUUUCCCCAUUUAUAAAAGCCCUAACACGCCAUUGUAGCAUAAUAAACCUGUUGCGUAGUUAAAACUUGAAGCUUAAAGGAAACAAAUAAAAUGAUGUAUAGAG